CGAUUCCGAAUUUCUGACACCCCAGAAAACCCCAGAUCCAAUGCACCCCAAUCCACCCUCUCCCUCACGUGUCAAUCGUACGUUCCCCUCCCUUUCUCACGUGCCUCCCCAUCACCGCCUCUCUUAUGAGAUUCCCUCCUGCAGCAAGAGCAAGAGAAAAAGCAAAAGCGGAAAGGGAAACAAAUUCCCACUCGGUUUUGUGACACCAAAUGCAUGUUCCACCCGCCACUCGCAACCCCCGAUCCGAACUCGAUUAGGGUUUUCCGCAUUUCGCAUCGGCGCAGAUCCGUGGAGCUUCGGCGAGAAGCUUCCAUCGACGAGUUCUCUGAAUUCUCGACGGGGUUCUAGAAGUUCAGGUUCUGCAAGUUUUCUUCAGCGAUGGAGUCGAUAUUGGCUCGGGCGCUGGAGUACACUCUCAAGUACUGGUUGAAAUCCUUCUCCAGAGACCAGUUCAAGUUGCAGGGACGGACAGUUCAGCUUUCUAAUUUGGAUAUCAAUGGCGAUGCUUUGCACGCGAGCAUGGGAUUGCCACCGGCACUGAAUGUAGCCACGGCCAAAGUUGGAAAAUUGGAGAUAGUGCUCCCAUCUGUGAGUAAUGUGCAAUUAGAGCCGAUUGUUGUGCAAAUUGAUAGGCUUGAUUUGGUUUUGGAGGAGAAGUCAGAUUUGGAUGAGAGGAGCCCAAGAAGUUCCCCAUCAUCCUCUAGCUCAGCAAAGGGUAGCGGUUAUGGAUUUGCUGAUAAGAUUGCUGAUGGAAUGACUUUGGAGAUUCUCACAGUUAAUCUUCUACUUGAGACUCGUGGGGGUGGUCGAAGCCAAGGAGGCGCUAGUUGGGCAUCACCUCUGGCCUCUAUAACUAUACACAACCUUUUGCUGUAUACUACCAAUGAAAAUUGGCAGGUUGUAAAUCUUAAGGAGGCACGGGAAUUCUCCAGCGACAAAAAUUUCAUAUAUUUGUUCAAAAAACUUGAGUGGGAAUCUCUGUCUAUUGAUCUCCUUCCCCACCCUGAUAUGUUCAUGGAUGCUGACAUAGCACGUACUGAAGAUGGAAGAAACCAGAGAGACGAUGAUGGUGCAAAGCGAGUUUUCUUUGGUGGGGAGCGCUUUAUAGAAGGAAUUUCAGGACAAGCUUAUAUCACAGUGCAAAGGACCGAAUUAAACAGUCCACUUGGACUUGAGGUUCAGUUACAUAUCACAGAGGCCAUUUGUCCUGCUAUAAGUGAACCAGGACUACGUGCUCUUCUCCGCUUUAUGACAGGAUUGUAUGUCUGUCUGAAUAGAGGAGAUGUUGAUUCAAAUACUCAGCAGCGAUCCACAGAAGCAGCAGGACGUUCUAUAGUCUCAAUUGUUGUGGACCACAUAUUUCUCUGCAUUAAAGAUGCUGAGUUCAAGCUCGAACUUUUAAUGCAAUCACUCUUCUUCUCACGGGCCAGUGUUUCAGAUGGAGAAAUUGACAACAACUUGUCGAGGGUUAUGAUUGGUGGACUGUUUUUAAGGGAUACCUAUUCACGGCCUCCAUGCACUUUGGUUCAACCAUCAAUGCAUGCAGUUUCUGAAGAACCUCUGCAUGUUCCUGACUUCGGUAAGAAUUUUUGCCCUCCCAUAUAUCCUUUGGGAGAUCAGGAGUGGCAAUUCAUUAAAGGUGUCCCUUUUUUGUGCCUCCACUCUCUUCAGAUCAAGCCAUCCCCAGUCCCUCCAUCUUUUGCUUCACAAACAGUAAUUAAUUGUCAACCCUUAAUGAUUGAUCUCCAAGAAGGAUCCUGUUUGAGGAUCGCUUCCUUCCUGGCUGAUGGAAUUGUGGUCAAUCCUGGUGCUGUUGUACCAGAUUCCUCAGUAAAUUCCUUGAUUUUCACCCUCAAGGAGUUAGAUGUGACUGUUCCUUUGGACAUAGAUAAGUUGUGUGACACUGCUAACAACAGGGACAAUAUCUACCAGAGUGCCUUUUCUGGAGCAAGGCUUCAUAUCAAGAACUUGUUAAUUUCAGAGUCACCAUCACUAAAACUAAGGUUACUGAAUCUGGAGAAGGACCCUGCUUGCUUUUGUCUUUGGGAAGGUCAACCAAUUGAUGCCAGCCAGAAGAAAUGGAGUGCUAGAGCAUCACACAUUAGUUUGUCAUUAGAAAAGUGCACUAAGUCAGCUGGCUUUCAGAGUUCUAUUGAUUGGAAUUCAGGCAUGUGGAGAUGUGUUGAGCUGAAAGAUGCUUGUGUUGAAGUAGCUAUGGUAACUGCUGAUGGGAGCCCAUUAACAAAUGUUCCUCCUCCCGGUGGUAUUGUCAGGGUGGGGGUAGCUUGUCAAAACUAUCUCUCCAACACAUCUGUUGAACAGUUAUUUUUUGUUUUGGAUCUUUAUUCGUACUUUGGCAGAGUUAGUGAAAAGAUUGUUCUUGUUGGAAAAAAUACUGGAAAAAAGAAGAAGAGGGAUCAUUCUGUUGAAUUAAAGCUGAUUGACAAGGUUCCCAAUGAUACAGCGGUAAGCUUGGCAGUCAAAAAUCUCCAGAUUAAAUUUCUGGAGUCAUCUUCCGUGAAUAUUGAAGGAAUGCCUCUGGUUCAGUUUAUUGGUGAUGAUCUCUUCAUAAAAGUUACUCACAGAACUCUUGGUGGUGCAAUUGCUGUUUCAUCCACUAUUCAUUGGGAUAGUGUUGAGGUGGACUGUGUAGACACUGAGGGAAACUUGGGACAUGAGAACGGCUCAGGUUUAACUUACAUUGAAAAUGGUCUUUCAACGAGUGGAAAUGGGUACCCUCAGCUAAGACCUGUAUUUUGGAUACAUAACCAAACAAAACAUCAAUCAAAUGGCAAAGCUUUUGUGGAUCCAUUUCUGGACAUAAGUAUGGUACACGUAAUUCCUUUAAAUGAACGUGAUGCAGAGUGUCAUAGUCUGAAUGUGUGUGCGUGUAUCUCUGGCAUACGCCUAGGUGGGGGAAUGAACUAUGCUGAAUCCUUGCUGCAUCGCUUUGGAGUACUUGGCCCUGAUGGUGGUCCUGGAAAGGGGCUCUCUAAGGAGUUAGAAAAAUUGCAAGCUGGACCACUGUCGAAACUUUUCAAACCGUCGCAUCUCAUUAUUGAUCUGAAAGAGGGUAUGGGACAAUAUGAUUUUGAUGGAAGUUCACGAGACGGGAAAGAAAGUGGGGUCUUGCACUUGGGAAAGCCAGAUGAUGUCGACGUGUCCAUAGAGUUCAAAAAUUGGUUAUUUGCUCUUGAAGGUGAACGGGAGAUUGCAGAAAGAUGGUGGUUUGAUAAUCAUGAGGAUGUGCAAAGAGAAGAGAGGUGUUGGCACACAACGUUCCAUAGUCUGCAUGUAAAAGCAAAAAGUAGUCCAAAGCAUAGGCUGAGUGGCAAUGGAAAGUCAUACAGGACCCAAAAAUAUCCUGUGGAAUUGGUUACAGUUGGUGUGCAAGGCUUGCAGAUGCUAAAGCCCCAUGCCCAGAAGUCUAACAAUGCUGCUAUCUUACCUGCGAAUGGGAUCAAGGAAACUACACAGACAUCUGGAGGUAUAGAUCUUGAAAUUCGCAUGGUGAUACCAGAGGACCCAGUCGAUCAUGAAAUGGUGGUAUGGGCUGUGGAAAAUGUGAAAUUCUCUGUUAAGCAACCGAUUGAGGCAGUUGUAACGAAGGAUGAGUUGCAACAUCUUACUUUUCUGUGCAAGUCGGAAGUUGAAUCAAUGGGUCGAGUCACUGCUGGAAUUCUGAGGCUACUCAAGCUGGAGGGUUCCAUUGGCGAGGCUGCAAUGGAACAACUGAGCAACCUCAGAACAGAGGGCAUUGACAAGAUAUUCUCCCCUGGAAGGCUCACCAGGGGUGGCAGCUUUUCCAGUACUGGGCUCUCUCAAUCAAACUUGGUUAAUGAAACCCCAAGUACAACCCCCACCUUGGAAUCGACAGUGGCUUCACUCGAGGUGGCAUUUACAGAAUCCCAGGCCAAGUGCACUGCUCUUCUUGCCGACCUAGAUAGUUCAGAACAAGCCGCACAGCAUCUUGCAACUGUUAAACAACUCAAUGAGAAACUUCAGAGUAUGCAGAGUUUAUUGACGCAAUUACGGUCACAGAUAUGGUAGGUCAUUGUUUGCUAUUCUUUUGCCCCCUCCCCUGUAAUACCUUGGGAUGAAAAUGAUCCCAAUCUGUCUAGUUUACCCAUUCUUUGUCUGUAUAUAAAGGGGAAACAGUUGCUGCAGAGAUUAUGCAUGUAUUCUAAGUCUGGUAUAGCAGUUUUGUAUCUAAGGUCCUACAUAUGUAUCGAUUUAAAUUUCUAAAGGAAUAUACCCGUAUUGUUAGCUAU